AUGGAUCCGGCAAAGACCUUCCGCCUGUCUCAGAUCAUUGGUGACGAGGAGAAGCUCCAGAUGGUCAUUCCCAAUGCGAGGACCAAUGCCGAAGACGGUGGUAUGGACCUGAAAGUUGAGUGCAAGGACUCUGUGGACGAUUUCGAGGAUAACAAGCCUGAGCUCGAUUACUAUAGCUGGAAAAAUGUCCACGGCACACCGCAGCGGCUUGCAUGCGAUAACACACAAAAUCCACCAACUCAAUGA